UCUCAAAAGUCAUUGAUUGACAUCAAAAUUAUAUUUGGAAUACGUCCCGUCCCUAUAGUGGGCAAUGCUCGACGACAGUCUCCGCUAGAGACUCGGGGAGACCGUCACUGGCGCCAUGGAGGCCCUGCGGCAACGUUUUGGGAAGUGGGGGGGCAAAAAGACACCCCGCCCCGGGGGCGCAAGAGCGGCCAGCAGGUCCUUAUCAAGGUCCACCACCGCGGCCAGCAGCAGGUCCAUCUCUCGACAAACGACCAUGUCGUCAGUUUCGACAACCAGGCGGCGGAAGACCACGAGGCACACCAAAGCCAGAGCUGUGGCUUUCGACCACAAUAAUUUCACGGUGACUGGGGGCAAGGGGAAGAAAAGAAUGUCGAGUGCGAAGACGUCGCCCACGAGGACGUCGGCCGUGGAUUAUAACAUCGCGAAACGCGGCAUGACCGUGGUGGAGAUGAUCGUGCCAAUCAGGGACUCAUUGGAGGGUAAAUACAAGUGUAGCGCGACACACGAGGGCCGCAAGGUCCUUCAGGAGAAGCUGCGGGUCCAUGUGGACGCGCUCUUUAAUAUGCUGUUCUCAGCUACGUCGCCCUUCUUCCAGAAAUUUCACGAAAUGCGAAAUUCGACGGAUCUGAAGUUGGGCGCGUGGCGAAAGAAUGCCGCAGGUCAAAACGAGCGCGUCAUCACGGUCACUGUCGCCCUGAAGGGCAACGUCGGCCCCAAGGUAGCGAAAGUCACCGAGACGCAGACCCUGCGCGACUGCUGCCGCCCCGGUAAGCUGUACUCCAUCGACGCGACCAGCGUCAAUGCGGAAAUUCCGUAUGCGGACUCCUUCAUGGUCGCCAUGCACCUGUGCCUGCUCGGCACCCCCGAGGGACACACCAAAAUCCAGGUCCUGGCCCAAGUCAAGAUAAUCAAGCCUGUGUGGGCAGUGGUCCAGUCGUUCAUCGAAAAGCACACCUUCGCCGGAGUCGAGGAGUUCUUUCAGUCGCUCUACAGUGCGCUGGUCAAGGAUCAAAGGAGGACCACAACGUUACCUGCCAGUGGUUCCACUUAUUAGAGCGGACAGUUGCCCAUAAAUACUUUUGCUGUUAG